GCCAUGGGUGCACCAGGCAACCCCCCGACACGCACCGCCUCGGUAGACUUCAUCGACCACCACCUGCCCCAAAUCAACCCAGUUUUCGACCAUCCCGGCAUCAAGUAUGACUGUAAGGGGGGACAGUAUGUCUCCCCAACCGCCAUUUCCACCAGUCCGAUUGAAGACGAUAUCAUCCCGCCGCGACCAGCUCUUCCAGCAGUCGACGCGAUGAGAUUCUGGUCGGACAUCUUUCCAGACUGUAUGACCGAGUUGAGGAAGAAAUAUCCCGAGGCUGGGCCCUUGAUCACCAAGGGAUGCAGUAUCCGCAGUCAAUCCAACUGGGAGGGGGUGCGAAGCCAACUCGACAAGGCGCAGAGCCAUUAUGAGGUGCCGAAGCGGACCACGGCGAAGGGGUUGUUCAAAAAGGUCUAUCGCAAAGCGGCGGACCACACCGAGCAAGCGAAGAUGGUGAGCAAGCUACUUGCUCAGGUGGAAUAUAUUUCCCCUUUCAUUGCGACCAUAGACAUCCUGCUGGAUGCGGCGGCAAUGGCCUCGAAAGUGCGCGAGAAGGUGACCACGGCGUUCGAGCCUGAGGCGUUGGAGGACGACUUUGAGAGUAUUGAGUUCUUCAUGGCGACGUUCCCCAGAGACAGAAUCAUCCGGAAGACGUCGAUCACCUUGGUGGUCGCGAUAUUCCAGGCGAUCGAGAAUGCGAUCGCCUUCUUCUUGAGCCACGAGUUCUCGCGGACCUGGCGCAGUCUGGCGCAGGGCAGUGAGUACCAGGACAAGCUCCUGGGCAGCAUUGAUGUAAUCCAGAAGCACAGCUCAAAGCUGGCAAAUCAGGCGCGCAAAGCAGAGAUGCACAGCACCCGCGUGGCGCUGGAAGACUUGAUCCGGGGUAAGGAGGUCACGGCAGCAGUCACUCUCGCCAAUUCGGACAAGCUGGACGAGGCCAAGAAAGACCGCCAGCGCCUUGCAGACCAGCAGAUGACCCGGAUGCUCAAUCAUCUGAACGGGUUAUUCCAGGUGGCAGAGGAACGCGAGAAGCAAUGGGAAGAAAGAGAGAGGAAGAGGGAGGAGCGGGAGAGACGGAGAGAAGAGAUGGCAAGAAGACAGUCUGACGAGACUAACCAUCUCCUCGAGCACCUUUGGGAUGAACUGAGGAAGCGCAACACUCCAAGUCCACAGCCUCUGGCACAGCCCAUUGCCUGUUCGCCCUGGAUACCUCCAACGACCCAAGUGCCCUUCUACCCUAAUUUCCUCCCAUUGCCCCAGUAUCCUCCUGGUACCUGGAUGCAAGCCCCCCAGCUCAUCGCGCCCUCUGCACCAGCCACUCCCGAACCACUCCCUCCAUCAGUCACCGUGGCUGACCUCCUGGCUAUGCUCAAUGUGACCGCCUCCGAAGCCCAAGACGUGGCCUACAUCCUGUCUCAUCGCGCGCGCAUUGCACCCGCUGCGCGACGACGCGCAGAGUCAGCGCUCACGACGGGUGAAUUCCGACGAUGGCUUACAUACCCAGCAUCUCGCGAGCUUCUCAUCGAAGGAGACGCCGAGUCCGAGGGCUGCGAGGUCUCCGCAGUCUCUCUCCUGUCUGCCUUGAUCUACGCAGCGCUGGAAAGCCAACCAGGACACCUGCGUCUAACCUGGUUCUGCUCCCUUCACGAAACCGAUCACCACGGCAACACCGCAGUUGGAAGAGGGGUAACUAAAGCCUUUCUCGCCCAGCUGCUGCAGCAGCAUGAUUUCGACCAGGACACCGUCCAAGAAAUCGAAACCUACCUCCGCGACCCACGAAACCUCAUCACCGACGGGCUUUGCAAGCUGCUUAUCUGGCUGGUUCGCAAACUCCCCAAGGGAGUCAAAGUCAUCGUCAUCGUGGAUGAGAUCGGAUGGUACGAGACGGACGAGCACGAACGCGACAUGCUUCGCGUGCUGAAGACGCUGUUAGGGCUAUCUCGCGAGAAGUCCGUGGCGUGUCAAGUCAAGGUCCUGGCCACGAGCGCGGAGGUCACGGAUACGUUCCAUAGCGCGUUUCUAGACAAUGAUGACUGUUUGCUAGACUUUGAUGCGCUGGAGGAAGCGGACGAUAUCGGGGAGAUGGAGUUUGGUACGGACUUGGUGCGUGGGGAUGACACCAGCGACGAGGAGGAGUAAUUGCUGCGAGGGGUUGACCAAGCAUCGAGGUAGUGACCAUGAUCAUCAAUUGAAUUCUAUCUAUCAUGAGAU